UUUUCUUAAAACUCUUUGUUUUUGCUAAACCCUAAAAAUCUUCAACGGCGAGUUUGUUGUUCUUCCACUCUCUCCGCCGCGUCUUUUUUAUUUGGUUGUCGCUCAGACCCUCUCAGGGCUCAGAUUCGAUUUUGUUAGUCUCAGCGCAGAACAAUGGCAGCAAAACCUGGAGCUGCAACUCCAACUUACUCACCUAAACUUGUGGGAAGAUCACGACUUCCUGUUUUCAAGGAUUCCGACCUCGAUUGGUCCCGUCCUGAUGGCCGUGGCUUCCAUCAAUGCCGACCUGCCUUACUUCAAACUGGUGCUGUGAGCUCUGCUUCUGGUUCUGCAUAUGCUGAGUUUGGGAACACGAAAGUCAUUGUUUCAGUAUUUGGGCCUAGGGAGAGUAAGAAAGCAAUGACUUAUAGUGAUGUUGGUAGAUUGAAUUGCAAUGUUAGCUAUACAACUUUUGCUUCCCCCACUCUUGGCCAGGGAACUGAUCACAAGGAGUACUCAUCAAUGCUUCACAAAGCGUUGGAAGGUGUAAUAAUGAUGGAGACAUUUCCAAAGACUACCGUUGAUGUUUUUGCGUUGGUGCUUGAAUCUGGAGGCAGUGACCUCUCAGUUGUGAUAUCAUGUGCCAGUCUUGCUCUAGCAGAUGCCGGGAUUAUGAUGUAUGACCUUAUCACAGCUGUUUCAGUGUCUUGCAUAGGCAAAAGCCUUAUGAUUGACCCAGUUAUAGAAGAGGAAGGAUGUGAAGAUGGAAGCUUUAUGAUGACAUGCAUGCCAUCUCGUUAUGAAAUCACUCAGCUAACCGUCACGGGUGAAUGGACAACACCUAAUAUCAACGAGGCAAUGCAGCUUUGCUUGGAUGCGUGUUCAAAGCUUGGAGAGAUCAUGCGGGAUUGUCUGAAACAGGCUGCCUCACCUUCCGAUGAAUGAACAUAAUCAAGAAACUAAGAUUUUGGAUUGUUGUAGCUCAGACAUAGACAUGGUAUGAAACCGGUUUAGCUAUUUAUAGGUAAACUUGAUUCUAGCCUAAACUGGUGUGGUGUAGUUUUGAAGUGAAUCCAAUUUUGUAAUCCCUUUGCUAGUAGUAUCGAAGAUUGGCCAUGGAAUACAUUACUCGGUCAUCGUUUAACAAAAUUCCAAGAAGUUAAACAAAUCA